UGCAUAUUUGGCAUAUUUCUUUCUGAACGUCAAAAAAGGGACCCACGUAAAUUGGUGUGCCUAAAAUUAUAACAUGAAAGAAAUGAACGGUUGCUAUUUGAAUCUUCUUAUCCAUGAAAUCUCAUCAGUAUCCCUUACUCUAUCUAUUCUUCUUCCUUGCUUCGUUUUUUUCCCCUUAAUCUCAUGAUCUCCCUAUAAAUGAAGUGAAGAGCUGAUGCAGACAUUAACAUAAAUCAAUUUUCAAGUAUUGCAAAUACAAUAACGCAGAAAUGCUACAAAGAGUAGUGCGAUACUCCGCCCAACCAUUCAAUCCUCCAACUCGCACGACACUACCAUCACUUUCGCCAAUUCAAUUAAUACCCAUUUCUCCAUCUUUCCCAAUCCUCAAACAGCAAUGCAGAUUAUCACGUAGAGAGCUCACAAUCUUCAGCAACUCUUGCUUGCUACUUCUCUUGGGUACUCAGGCAGUGGAUGGAUCCAGCGCAAGAGCAGAAGCAGCACUUGCAAACACAAACAACAGUGAUCAACCGGAAGGGAAUGUGGUUUUUGUAGAAGAGGAUGCUGCUAACACAAGCAGCACUGCUCAACCAGAAGAGAAUCGUGUUUUAGCAGAAGAUGUUGCUAACACAACUAACACUGCUCAACCAGAAGAGAAUCGUGUUUUAGCAGAAGAUACUGCUAACCAGCAGGCAGAAAAUUUGAAUUUAGCAGAAGAAAAUGUUACUCAAACAAGCAACAGUGACCAACCAGAAGACAAUCUAACUACCACUCCUAGCUGCACCGAAAGAAAAACUACCAAACAAGUAUUUUUAGACAUAUCUAUUGAUGGCGAACCUGCUGGUCGCAUUACCAUAGGACUUUAUGGAGAUGAGGUCCCUGCAGGAGUUGACAGGUUUAGUAAGAUUGUGAGUGGAGCCGCUGGUAUUAGCUACAGAAGAAAAGAGUUUGUCAAAAUCAUGCCCAAUUAUGUUCAACAUAGUGGCCUUAGAUCCUAUGGGGUGGAUGCUGAAAUUUCUUCGAAGACAGGUAGCAACUUGGGAGCUAAUAGUCUGGUUCAGGAAUGGGAGAGGGAGUAUGAUAAAUGUCCCGGGACUAAAAACGUGACUGGAAGUGUUGGCAUUAUUGUGAGAAACCCAUCAAAACCACCCCCAAAGAUGAAGCUGGUUGCAAAGAAAGGGAAGCUUGAGAUUGAUCAAGAAGAAGUAGGUAUUGAUCCCAAUGGUACAGAAUUUGUCAUAGUUACAAAGGACUCGCCGGAAUUGGAUACAUCGUCUCUGGUAAUUGGAAGAGUGAUAGGAGGCAUGGAGGUUGCGCAGAGGAUCGGUCAGGUUAAAACAGUACAGGAGAAUACAGGAUCUCCAUAUUUUAGGGUGGCAAAGCUGAUAGGAGACAAGAGAGCUGUUGUAGCAGAAAGAGGAUUCAACCGCCCUUAUUCAAAGGUCAUUGUUACAAACUGUGGUUUGAUGCAGUAAGACAAAAUUGUAUUAUUCAAUCCCUUCUAUAGUUGAUUUCCAGGGAAUGUAUAAGAAGACAUGUCACAUUCUAUAAUAAUCACCACUGUCAUCCAACCCUACGUAAUGUCUGUCAUUUGUAUUACAAACGAGGGGGAAAAAUAUUACAGCAGCUCGGUUCCAAAUGACAAA